GAAUUGUAAAGAAAAAUGGUUAGCCAGUAUUUCGAGUUUAGUCAUAAUAAGUCUUCAAAUUUUGCAAACGUUUUCGCUCAGCGUUACGAAAUGCAGCUCUCUGUGAUGGUUUCAUACCAACUGGUAGACACGAAAGGUACAUCAAGUUUUGGUAAACGCCAUAAUAAGACGCACACUUUGUGCCGUCGUUGCGGACGUUCCUCCUACCAUAUCCAAAAGUCAACAUGUUCCCAAUGUGGAUAUCCCGCUGCUAAGUUGCGUUCAUACAACUGGUCAGUGAAGGCUAAGAGGAGGAAGACCACUGGUACUGGUCGUGUGCGUUACCUGAAAGUGGUCCGCCGCCGUUUCCGCAACGGUUUCCGUGAGGGUACGCAAGCUAAACCCAAGAAGGCCGUCCAGACUAAAUAAGCGAUGAGCACAUACUAAUUGUAGUUUGUGUAUCUUAGUAUGGUCUACGGUUGAUUUCUUUUUUUAAGGAAUUGUUAAAACUAUAAAAAUGGGAGAUAAAUAAAAUCUUAUUUUUUUGUAAAACAA